AUGGAACGUUGGCACAAACAUAUUGCUGUAGUAACCGGCGCCAGUUCGGGCAUUGGCACAGCCGUCGUAAAAGAUCUUGUGCGUGAAGGAGUCAUUGUAGUCGCAUUAGCGCGUCGCCUGGAUCGCUUGGAUGUCAUACGUAACUCAUUACCGGAGGACCAGCAAUCGCGCUUCUAUGCGCGAAAAUGUGAUGUAACUGUGGAAAAAGAAGUCAACGAUACCUUCGAUUGGAUUGAGCAAACACUUGGCGGUGUGGAUAUUCUAGUCAAUAACGCAGGCGUACUAAUACCAGGAUCCUUGCUCACACAGGAGCUUAGCGCAAUCAAUCAAGUACUACAAACAAAUAUUGUGGGCGUGGUGCAUUGUACACAGCGUGCAUUUAAAUCGAUGAAAGCACGUAAUUUCGACGGUCAUGUGAUCUUGAUCAAUAGCAUCACCGGGCAUAAUGUGCUGCAGCAUCCAGUUGACGAGGUGCCCAAUUUCAAUAUAUAUGGACCGAGCAAAUAUGCCAUUACGUCAAUUAAUGAAGUAUUACGACAGGAAUUCCGUGGUUACAAAACCAAAAUCAAGAUUACUAGUGUGAGCCCAGGGUUCGUGGAUACUGAAAUUGUACCAGAGUCAUUCCAAAGUGAUUGCAUGUUGCGUCCAGAAGACAUAUCGGCCGGUAUUGUGUAUGCUCUUGGUACUCCGCCGCAUGUGCAAGUGCAUGAGUUGACUAUUAAACCUGUAGGUGAAGCUUAUUAGGUUAACUUAG